UGCCCUCCCGACGCCAUUUUUCGGUCUCGUACUAGCACUUCUGGUGACUCGGGUGAGGGGGGGGACGAGCAGAAAUAAGGGAAAGUAUAAAAUAUCGGAUCGUCGAGCCGGAAUCCCCUCGUGAGCGGUCAAGGUUGCACGCGGGAGCCACAGCCGAACGCGCUUGCACCUGAUAUGCACGCGCAGGAAACGAGCGGCUUCUGUGAAAUCAUUUUUUUGUGUGAAGACGUGUUGCGGGCCGCCAUUUUUUUGCUGUGCUGCCUCAAAAGUCUGCUCCGACUCGAGAAAGGGUACACAACACCGCACUUCCACGACGCGUGCCUUACCGCAAGAACGAGGAGGAUACAAAGUUAUUAUUUCGACUUCUUGCCGAGCUGCAGCCACCGUGCCGACAUGCGGAUCUAACAGAUGAGAAACUGAGGCCACCUUUUCCGUUCUCAUAACUGACACUGACUGGAGGAGACAAAUUAUCAGAAGAGAAGCCUGCUGUUUUUUCUCGGAAGGCGGAACAAAAAGGGGAAGCUUCAUUGAUCAUAUGUCGCUUCGAUCUCCGCCGAUGUUUGUCUGUCAGAUGUCAACCGCUCGGUUUGAAUCAUCUGACCGGUCCGCCUGGUAUUUUGGACCCGUGUCACGACAAGAGGCACAGAAUAGGUUACAAGGACAGAGACAUGGCAUGUUUCUUGUUCGAGACUCCUCGACGUGCCCCGGCGACUACGUGCUGUCAGUGUCUGAAAAUUCCAAAGUGUCUCACUAUAUCAUCAACUCUUUGCCCAGCAAGAGGUUCAAGAUUGGCGAUCAGGAAUUCGAGCACCUUCCUGCGUUACUGGAUUUCUACAAGAUCCACUACCUUGAUACGACCACGCUGAUAGAGCCGGCACCCAGGUACCCGGGCACAGUGGCUUGUCCCAUCCAGCCCAUAGGUGGCCCUGAGGAGAACCUGGAGUAUGUGCGGACUCUAUACGACUUCACUGGUAGUGAUGCAGAGGAUCUUCCUUUCAAGAGGGGGGAGAUCCUUAUCAUUCUAGAGAAGCCUGAGGAGCAGUGGUGGAGCGCCAAGAGUAAAGAGGGGCGUGUCGGGAUGAUCCCUGUGCCCUACGUGGAGAAAUUGGUACGACCUUCCCCUCACCCUGGCCAGCCUUCCCAUGGAUCUCGCAACUCCAACAGCUAUGGAAUCCCAGAGCCCUCCCACGCACUAGUCCACGCCUACGCCCAGCCACAGACACCUACGCCGAUGCCCCCUGGAACACCUGGAGCAGUUGUCGCACCUCUACCGUCCUUGCAGAACGGCCCUGUCAUGGCAAAGGCCAUCCAGAAACGUGUGCCCUGUGCCUAUGACAAGACAGCUCUUGCUCUAGAGGUUGGCGACAUCGUCAAGGUGACACGGAUGAACAUCAGCGGUCAGUGGGAAGGAGAGGUGAACGGACGGAGGGGCCUCUUCCCAUUCACCCACGUCAAAAUCAUAGACCCCCUGAAUCCGGAUGAGAGUGACUGACCUUAGAGUCCGGCUGGACCCUCUAGCCAGUAUCGACCUUUACCUGAUUGUGCUGGCUGUCUCUACCUUUCCCCGCCAGUGUCACCACGGUUACAUGCUUGCCUGCUUGUUGCGGUACAAUGAUAGCGACCCCUCCGUUGCUGCCGACCGUCGCAAGGCUUUCUGACUGUUUACAGCUUUGGAAAUUGUAUCCAAACUAAAACCUGACCCCACUUCUCCCAGCUCCUGUCCCUAGUGUUUUGGUUCCAGGCUGGGUUCCAGUGUUUUCUCAUUUUAGUGUCCUUUUCAUUUCCAGAUCACUGGGCAUCAGUGUGAGUGUGUCUGUGUCUGUGUGUGUGUGUGCGCAUCAGUGUGUGUGUGAUCACGGUAGAUAUUCUCCAUCACCUUUUUUUUUCUCUGACUCUCUGAAUAUUUGUUACGUUUGAAGUCUUCAGGACUGUGGAGCGAGUUGGUGUGUGUUUUGUUGAUGUGAGGAUAUUUGUACAAAGUAGGGAAACGCAAUAUCCCUAUGGACAUGAGAGAGCACUGAGGCAACGAAGAACUAACCAGCCAGUCAAAUGUUAUUUCUCCAAACAAUCAAGUCACUGUUGUACCUUAACUAACACACAAGCGCACGCAUGGACAAACCCACUUCUCUGCCGUGAGUCAUUCAGGCUGACAGGUUCUUGACGUGUAUGUGAUGUGUGUGACUAGAGGCGGGAAGAAGCAGGAGUCAUGAUUUGCUCUUCAACCUGGGACAAGUCCAGCUGACAAGAGUUGUUUAUCUUUAGUUUGUAGGACAUGACAAGGCCAUAUGUGAGUUCAUCUUUUUCUUAUUUGUGCCACAAGAUCAACAACAGUUCUCUUAAUUUUAUUUUAUUUUGUUAUUUUUUUUGUGACAUGGAGAUGUACGGUAAAAGGGUCCGUUUGCAUGUCCACUUGUUGGUACCUCUCUUCACUGUCUGCCACCUUAGUUGCAACUAAAAUGACAUUGCUUAGAGAUUAGCAGGUUUUCGUAGUGCCAACAGCACCAAGCACUCAAAGAUGAAUUUCAACUUGCUGUAUAGGAGUGCAAAGCUUUAAACAGGUUUAAAGAAGAAAAAAAGUCCAAUAGCAACAGCAGCAGCCACGGCCAGCACUUCCCACAAGCAUCUGACUACAAGGCUAGCUACAAAUGCAGUUUGGGCAUGACUACCGAAGGCUUUCCACUGAGGUGAUAAACUCUGCAUUUAAAGGCAUAUGUCAGGAAAGGAGAAAUGUUUCGCUUAAGCCAAUGAGAUCCCGUCAAUGCCUUUUUUUUCCCCAGAGAGUAACACGAACACAUCCCUGAGCGCCCCUUGUCAUACCCUCUCAAAUGUAAUGUUGUUAAUGUCAAGUUACCCAUGUCGAGUAAGGCUUUCAGACAGCUUUACUCCUGAAAUAUUUGGUCUGUGCACAAUAUUCAGUCUCUUUUUUUUAUGCAAACAGACCGUAUCUGAAUGAUUGGAAGCAUCUUUGUUCAUACAGUGCUGCAAAUGAACGUAUUUAAUGAGUAGCAGCCCAGGAUUGAACAUUUAUGCAAACAGUGCCGACCCCUUGAUUUCUGCUGUAAUCUUAACUGUUCCCUCCCAUCUUUCUCUCUUACAGCGGUCACUCAGAGUUGUAUUGUGCAGCUUUUAAUUGUAUCCUUUUUUUUUUUUUUGUAAUAGAUUUAGUCCGCUUUUUAAGUCAAGCAUUUCUGUUAACAAUGAGCGAUGUUACACAAAAAAAAGUACCAAUGGUGACAUUUACAAAGGGAAAAAAAUAAAAUGCCUGCUGGUUGCCUCUGUUUAUGACCUCUCGGCUCGAGAGAUGGUUUCUCUCGGCCAAAUGCUGCUUAAUGUCAUUUGUUUCCUUAAUGAAUAAAGGUUACUUUCAUUUGAAUCCCACCUGGUCUGUGUAGACCAGUGUUGGGUUUUUUUCCUCAUCAAAUGUAAUGAAAUCUACUAAUUAAGCAAUACACCCUGAUUCUUUCUUUUCUUGAGGUGAACUUGCUUUUCUCAUGCUUCUAAAUUGUUUUUGUAAUGGCAUUAACAGUAUUACUGUGCUCUCUUCUCAUACUCUAGGAAAGGCUGUCUUUUACUUAAGAAUUGAAAAUUGUGCCUUUUAUUUUCUUAUACCAUAUACAUGUGUUAAUAUUUCCCAUGGUUAACACCUGUGCUGGUAUUGACCCUUUAUGUACAGAACAAGUAAAUAAAAUUUACGUCUACUUCUUUAAGCUG